UGCAAGGAUCUAACAAAAUAAAGAAAAGAGACAAGAAUUUAUUUUUUCUUUGAAAGAAUUAGAUAAUAAAAGAAGAUUAACCAAAGGCAGUGCCAAAAGUUGUUAAUUUGCUGAGCAGCAUGGCAUCGCCUUUGAGAGCCCUCUACGCCACAAUAUUGCUUUUAUCUUUUGCAUUGAGUAGUUGUCAUGCAAGUGUUUACCAUGCAAUUGUACGCCAGCUUAGUUCUCCAGUAGCCAAAUCGAAGAAACCAAAGUUCAAGCCAGGACCAUGGACCAAAGCUCGUGCCACCUUUUAUGAAGGCAGCACCAAUUCCUUUGGAGGAGCAUGCAACUAUAAAGAUGUUGUAGCAGAAGGCUAUGGCCUUAACACUGCAGCUCUAAGCGAUGCUCUGUUCAAAAAUGGGCAAACAUGUGGUGCUUGUUAUGAAAUUCAAUGUAAGGAUGAGCCAAAAUGGUGCAAACCAGGUUCUAUCAUUAUCACAGCAACAGAUCGUUGCCCACCAAAUCCGUCUUUAUCAAAUGACAAUGGAGGAUGGUGUAACCCACCAUGUGAGCAUUUUGACAUAGCCAAGCCUGUUUUCAAUAAUCUUGCAGACUACACAGCCGGCGUUAUCCCUGUCCAAUACCGCAGGGUUCCAUGCCAGAAGAAAGGAGGAAUCAGGUUUACAAUAAAUGGGAAUCCUUGGUUCUAUCAGGUGACAGUAUGGAAUGUUGGUGGAGCUGGAGAUGUUAUUGGUCUUCAAGUGAAAGGAAGUGACAAGGUGAAAUGGACCCAGAUGGAACGUGACUGGGGAACUACCUGGAAGACCAGUUGCAUUCUGCAAGGAGAGUCGCUCACCUUCAGGGUUAGAACAAGCGAUGGAAGAUCCUCAACUGCAUGGCAUGUUGCCCCUAAGAACUGGCAAUUUGGUCAGACUUUUGAGGGCAAAAACUUCAAGUAGAGCAUCAUAAAGGAAUCUGGGCAACUUAUUACAUAUACAUAUGGACAAAUUAAUUCUUGUCUCCUAAUUGCUGAUCAUAUGUUUGGAGGUCUUCAAAAGAAGUUCAUGUUGGUCAUUACUACUAAUGGAAAAAAUUGAGCGUUGGAUGUAAUAACAACAUUUCUGUACAUACAUAAAUUCAAGCUAAUAAUAAAUAGCCUCUAACAUUUGCAUAGUCAAAA